CGCGAAUGCAGGCCGAGUUCCUGGAAACGGCUUAUACGGCCCGAGCCUUGUUUACUUUGGAGUGAGAGAGAGGGAGAGCGUGUCAUGGCGCUUACGGCAACGGCGAGACGCGACAGCUAGCCAAUCGGGUCGAGCGCAUCGAAAAUAGUCCCUUCUCGGACUCGACGAGCUCGUCUCUAUCUCCGUCGUGGCCCGCGUAGGGUUUCGCGAGAGGACCGCUGCGAUUGGCGGAGCGGAGAGCGGACCCAGAGUGCUCCGCGUAUCGCGGCACUGAGCCUCGAGCCUUGGCAGAGUGCGGACGUGCGUGCGUGCGUGCGGUAAUCUUGUGCUUUUUCCUUUGUCGUGAGUCUAUACUGAGUUGCCUCGACAUCCCGGCCGUAGUGAAUUAACAGAGUGAAUUAACGAAGUGCAGUUUGUGCGGUAUUUAUGUGCAUUCAGCCAGAUCGGGAGCUGGAUGCAAGGGCAGGCUUAGUCGUUGUUCCCGCGAGGAAGAAGACGAGAGAGCGAGAGUGUGAAAAUGGUGACCGGCGAGGCGUCAGACUCGCGCCCGGAGGAAAGCUCACUCGUCGCGCAGCUGCUGCAUAGCAUGGCCAGUCCCAAGGCAGCGAGGAGGAAGCAGGCCAUGGCCAUCAGUCCCGAGGACGUGAAACUCAUCGUGGGCCGGGCCAUCGGCGGACCCGCCGACAUCCUGGACUACCAGCUCCGAGGCUUCUCCGACCUGCAGACCGGCUUCUCGGGCUCGCACCAGCGGCUCGAAAUCACCAUCAAACGGCAGCCCAAGCCGGAGGACGACUUCGUCACGGAGAAGCUCGGCUUCUUCGCCAAGCUCGCCCCGACCGGUCCCCCCCUCCUCCUGGCCGCCCUCGCCGUGCUCGAGGUCCGCAAGAAGGAGAUGGAGUUCUUCGAGCAAAUAGCCCCGCGGCUCUACAGCUACGCCCCCGGGACGGGCUCGUUCGCGCCGCGCUGCUACCUGGCGAAGGAGGACGUGAUCGUGCUGGAGGACCUCGGGGCCAAGGGCUUCGCCGUCGUCGACGAUAACGGCAUCCUCUUGGCCGAGGAGCGGCUGAAGGCGGCGGCUCGGGCGCAGGCCAGGCUCCACGCGGCCUCCUACGUCACCGAGAGCAUCCUCAUCAAGGAGCAGGGCAAGACCUUCAGGGACCUGGCCCCGACAGCUUGCCAGGAGAGGGUCUUGGACAAGACGGCCGAACAGCUGGACCUCUCGAAGCUCCUGAUCGUCGAGUGGCUCGCGCGAACCGUCGCCGGGAGGAACGAGCCCGCGGCGGAGUGCGCCGAGCUGCUGGCCGGCAGCUUGGACGGGGUCUUCGACUGGCUGUACUUCGAGAACGGGAAGAACCUCGUCAUCUGCCACGGAGACACCUGGUCCUUCAACAUGAUGUUCGACGAGUCCGAGCCGCCCAAGUGUCGGCUCGUGGACUUCCAGCUGACCAGGUACGCCCCCCGAGCCUUCGACCUGGCGCAGAUGAUCUACUUCACGACGACCGGCGAGACGCGCGCCAAGUACGAGGACUCGGCCGUCGAGGCCUACCACCUGGAGUUCUGCGAGACCCUCCGCAAGAACGGCUUCGAGCCGAUCUCGACGCUGGCCGAGCUGCAGGCCGAGUACGAGGAGGCGAGACUCGCGGCACUCUUCGCCGCGGCCAUCUACUACCCCUCCCUCAUGCUCAGCAAGGAGGUCCACGAGUCGUUCGCCUCGCCGGACGACCUGUACACCGAGUUCGUCUACAGGUCGAGCAACGAGGCGGUCUACGCUCUGAUGGAGCGCGACGAGACCUACGAACAGAGGCUGAGCGAGCUCGCCCUGGAGCUGCUCGCGCACUGCAAGAAGCUGGACGCCGAGCUGAAGGAUCGGGAGGCGAGACCGAAGGCAGGGGCCUAGGAUGGGGCUCAUCCAAGUUGAGCUUUCAGUUCUGGAGCUUCUCAUCCUGACUGCUGCGACAAGAAUACUCCCGUUUCUACAACGACAUUGCAUUUGUAUCCAGAAGACUGAGCGUCGGUACUUGGUCGAAUAAAGCUAUAUUUUAUUACA